AUGUCCGUCAUUGGUAUCAUCGGCCUCGGCGACAUGGGCGCCAUGUACGCCGAGCGUUUUUCUGCCGCCGGUUGGACCGUUGUUGGCCUGGAUCGAGAAGACAAGUACUCGGAAACAUGCAAGCGUUUUGAGAAGUCCAACGUCAAGGUAUUGCCCACGGGCCAUCACGUGUCGCGUGUGGCGGACUACAUCAUCUACAGUGUCGAAGCAGAGAACAUUGGCAAGAUUGUGCAAGCGUACGGCCCCCUGACAAAAGUGGGUGCUGUUGUGGGCGGCCAAACACUGUGCAAACAGCCGGAAAUAGCCGCCUUUGAAGCCUACUUGCCACAGGACGUCGACAUUGUGUCUGUCCAUUCGCUCCAUGGGCCCAAAGUUGAUCCCACGGGCCAGCCGCUCGUGUUGGUGCGGCAUCGGGCCUCGGACGCCAACUUUGGUCUUGUCCAGCGGGUGGUGGCGUGUUUGCAGUCGAAAGUGGUUGAGCUUUCGGCAGAAGAACACGACCGGAUCACCGCAGACACACAAGCCGUGACUCAUGCGGCAUUUCUCUCCAUGGGCCUGGCUUGGAGACAAAGCAACCAGUAUCCAUGGGAAACGCCACGAUGGAUUGGAGGAAUGGAAAACGCCAAGAUCAACAUCCUGCUUCGCAUCUACGCCAACAAGUGGCACGUUUAUGCCGGUCUAGCCAUCACCAAUCCAGCAGCCCACAGCCAGGUGCUCCAGUACGCACAGCUGGCCACCGAUCUUUUCACGUUGAUGAUCCAGGGCCGCCGCGACGAGCUCGAACUGCGGCUCCAAACAGCAAAGAAGUACGUUUUCGCCUCCAGACCGGGCCGUCUAUUGCUAGACGACGCAUUGCUCGAGCGCUUUUCUUUGAGCAAAGAGCCUCCCGGAUGCGCCCAGCCCAACUCGCAUCUCCUGCUUUUGGCCAUUGUCGAUAGCUGGCACCGUUUGGGCAUAGUGCCGUAUGACCAUAUGAUUUGCUCAACACCGCUAUUCCGGAUUUUCUUGGGUGUGACGGAGUAUUUGUUCUGCACGCCCGGACUUUUGGAGAAGUGUGUGGACGUGGCACUUUCCGACACCGCUUUCCGCCACGACGAUCUCGAGUUCACGUUCGCUGCUCGUCUGUGGGCGGACAUCAUAGCACGAGGCGAUUACCGGUUGUACCAGCAGAAGUUCGAGGAAACACAGCGGUUCUUUGCGCCUAAAUUUGCCGAGGCCAACGCCAUUGGAAACGAGAUGAUCAAAACAAUCUUGCUGCGUGUGGAGUAA